AUGUCCAAACGAACGGCGCAAGGUCCUCAAGGGUCCAAGGAGGACGAGAACGCCUUCGCGAUGUCAAGCACUCCGGAUGAAAAGCCUCACCGGGCGACGGCUGCCCAGAUGGCAAGCAGAAAAAUCAAGGACGUUCGACGUCGUCCUCGAGCUGGUACACCAACCGGUGGUGCAGCUCCCCCUCAAUCUUCAGAUGGCGCCUUCUCGUCCUUGUCGUCUAGCCCAGCUGCCCCGGCGGCUUCAGGUUUCCAACCUACAUCAUUCAAUUCCGCACCCUCGACCGGUUUCAACUUUGGACAGAGUCAGAGCCAGAGCUUCCCGGGAGCUAGCUCGGGACCUACCCAACAAACUCAGCCCACUCAGGCUGCCUCAACCCCGUUCUCCUUCGGCGGUAGUGGCUCGACCGGUUUCAACUUCUCCUCCUCCGGUUUCGGUGGUUCAGCUCCAUCGUCGAACCCGUUCUCUUUUAAUGCUGCCACCUCUACUCCCCAAUCCACUCCUGGCGCCUCUACGAGCUUCGGCGGAUUUGGCAACCAGCCGACGAGCCAGCCUUCUUUCUCGAACGGUCUUUUCGGGGCACAGCAGAAUGCAGGUACUUCUGCAAGUACCUCUGCAUUUGGUGGACAAGGCUCCACUGCGAACUCUGCGUCUGAAUCUAUGCAAAUGUCGCCUGACGCAAAGCCCAAGGCCCCUUCAUUCAAUGCCAACUCUUCGGCUACGCCCCAGAAUAAUAUCUUUGGUGGCUCAUCCGGAACUUCGAAUCUGUUCUCCUCUAAGCCUGCCACUACACCUUCCAGCAAUCCUUUCGGAGGCCUUAAUAUCCCCUCGGCUACUGAAAAGCCCACCAGCGACAAAGCGGAUGACUCCGCGGCCAAGCCUGCCUUUGCUACACAAUCAACCCCGGCUCAACCCUUCAGUGGAAUCUUUGGUGCAACUCCCGCUGCAUCUACCCCAGAGCCCGCAAAGGCGAGCACCCCGAGCAUAUUCUCUUCGGCCCCUGCCACAGGUGGUAAUUUGUUCGCUCACAAACCAGCACCUUCGGAGUCUGCUAAAGCGAAUUCUUCCCAGCCUUCUUUGAACAACAUUUUCUCAUCAAAGCCAGCCGCGGAGACCCCUGCUCCUAGUAAUCCAUUUGCUCCGAAAGCAGCUUCCGAACAAAACGCUGCCGCUCCCUCUAACAACAACUCGCAGCCUUUCAAACCCCUUUUCGGUAACGGAGCGUCUUCACAGCCUACCUUCGGUAACAUAUCGCCAGCGAAGCCUGCCAAUGAGGUCACCAAUCUAUUUGCACCCAAGCCAGCGGCGGAUCAAACCUCUGAAAAGCCUACCGACCCUCAGCCCUUCAAGGGCCUUUUUGGUGGAAAAUCUAUGGUAGCCCAGCCUUCCGAGGCUGAGAAGACCGGGUCCACUUCCUUCGGCUCUCUUUUCGGCACUUCUCCUGCACCCAAGUCUUCUGAGCCCGAGAAGGCUCAUUCUACCCCGGAACCGAAUUUAUUCACGCCCAAGUCAGCCGGUGAACAAGAGAAGCCCGCAGGGGCCAACCCAUUCGGGUCUCUUUUGGGAGCCAAAUCCCCUGCGCCCAGUUCAUCUCCGUCUAAGGACAUUCAACCUACCCCUAGUACGGGUUCCAACCUUUUUGCGUCAAAGCCAGCUACGUCCACCAGUCAGACUUCUGGCAACCUGUUUGGCGGGAAUCUCGCAACCUCUGCGCCUAAACAGCCUCGGGCUUUCCUGGACACUUAUAGCCAGUCGGGCACUGCUACCAGUACUGACUUUGAUCCAGCUUCCCGACUUCCUCAGUCCGAGCUUCCCGCUAGUGCCACCAAGGAAGCAACUGGAAAGUCUGAGUUGUUCUGGAAAGUCAAGUCUCUUUCUCAAUUCUACCAGAAGGAAAUUCUCAAAUGUGAGGCCGGAAGUGAUGCAUUUGACAACCUGGUCCUUUUCUACAUGAAGGCUCGUCAGGCCAUGGGUGCACCUCUCAAACCCAAGGGCGGUGUCAAGUUCAAAGGCAAUGCAUACUCAAAUAAGCCGACAGCCCACGCGCAAAACCCCGCAGUUACUGCAGAUGCCAACUCUUCAAAUACCGCACGUCUCUUUUCGCAGUCUUACUCGUCUCCUAGCAGCAGCCCGGCUAAACCAGUCGAUGCACCAUCGCAGGCGAAGUACUCUGCUGCACCGGAGCCUAAGGCAAACCCUUUUGCGUCUCUCUCAACUGAGACUGCCAAUGCCACUCCCAAGGAAAAUCUGUUUGCAAUGGCUUCGACUGGAAAUGCUACGACCCCAGCCGAAAAGGCACCAAAUGCUGCCUCCCCUGCGGCUCCCAAGCUGGCUGGCAACAUGUUUGCGAGUCUCAAUCCUGCAGGUGCACCUGUUACUUCCGGUGUUCCAAAAUUCGGUAACGGCUCUGCUGGCGUCGAUUUCAUGGCCCAAUUCAAGAAAAAGGCAGAGGAAAACGAAGCCAAAGAGAAAGCUAAGCGAAAGGCCGAAGAAUUCGACUCUGACGAAGAUGAUGAAGCGGAAUGGGAGCGCCAAGAUGCUGAGAAACAACGCGAGAAGCGCGCGAAGCUCGAGGGUACCUCUAUGAAGAAAUCCGUGUUCGUCCCUGGCGAAGGCUUCAAGUUUAUCGAUGCUGAUGAACCCUCUGGAUCUGAUUCUGGAGCCAGUGCAUCUCAGCCUGCGGAGAAGUCCCCCUUGACUGCCGCUUCUCCUGCCCCAUCCACCACUUCUAUCUUUGAAUCGUCUAGCCGCCCUCUCUCCAACUCCCAGAACAUUUUCGGUCGUCUUUCAGAAACCCCGCAGCCGUCUGACAAUGGAAAGGACAGUGAUGAUUCCGACAGCGAGGCCAAGGGCAGUUCUCCCAAGCGUCGUGCUUCGGAGGCUAAUGGGGAUGAGGACGAUUCUUCUCGCAAGGACAAGCGAACCAAGGGUUCUGAUGUCGCCAAGUCGAGCUUGGACACACCUAUUCCUCCCCCAACUGCUGCUGCUGGGCGCAGUCUAUUCGAUCGGGUCGAUUCGUCGGCUCCCCAGCAGGGUUCUACCAAUACAUCAAGCCUGUUCGCUUCCAGCUUCGGUAAGCCGACCACGACCCAAAAUCUGUCUCUCGGCGCGUCGGGUCUAUUCGGCUCUUCUCCUGGCCCUGCCGCUCCCAGCUUUGGCCAAACAAGUGCGCCCCAGAAGGAACAACCUCCUAGCAAGUCGAGCCUGUUCGCUUCUUCUCCCGCCCCUACCGACAAUACCUGGAAGCCCAGCAUGCCGAUCAAAUUCGGAAAUGACUCUAUUGCGUCCUCGGUACCGACUCCUGCAUCCACUCAGGCUUCCAGUCUCGGCAAUGCCACUUCAGGAGAUGCUACCCCCGAUGAGGAAGCCGCUCCUGGGGCUAUCUUUGACCUGUCCAGUGCAGUGAACGGCGAACAAGAUGAAACGGUCGAAUUCGAGUGUCGGGCUCGGGCAUUCAAGUUGGCCACUGGUUGGACCUCUCAAGGCACCGGCAUCAUCAAACUCCUUAAGCACCCUGACACUGGCCGCUCUCGAAUCGUCCUCCGCAGUGAUCCCGGUGGGAAUGUCAUCCUCAACACCUACCUCCAAAAGGAGCUUGACUACGCCAAGAUGAACAACAGCGUGCAGUGCAUGGUCCCUCAAGCCGACGGCAAGCCUGAACACUGGGCCAUCCGUGUUAAGGCCGAGUUCAUUGACGGUCUUCACAACAAGAUCGAAGAACUCAAGAACUAA